AUGGCAUCGUCUCCUUCAUCCUCGCCGGAGCAGCCACAGCAGCCACAGCAACAAGAGCAACAAGAGCAAAAGCAAGAGCCGCAGCAAGAGCAAGAGCAACCGCAAGAGCAGCAGCAAGAUCAGCAGCAAGAUCAGCAGCAGCAGCAGCAGCAGCAGAAUCUGGACACGCUAAGCCUGGAGGUGUCAGACGCGCAAGAUACACCAGCAUCCCCAGGUGCAGCAACGGCCAUUGACACAGCCGCGAAUGGCGUCGCUGUAACUGCUGGGCAGUCAGAAACCCUCGAGACUCGGGCCUCAACACCCUCAUCGCAAUCUGCCGCGCCGUCGGCCGCGGAUGCCCAGCAGCCGCCUGCAGAUUCUGGCCGGGCUAAUUCACCAAACGCUCAGCAGCAGCGAGACCCUGAGGCAGUCAACGUUAGCGUUAGGUCCGAGACGGACCAGGCAGUCCAGGCCCAGCCGGGAAAUUCUCAACCAACUGGAACCCUCGAGACCAAGACUCCACAGCUGCCACCUGCACCACAAAAGCCCACAGAGCAGCCCCCAGAACAGGUGCUAUUGCAACAAUUGCAACAAAUCACGGAACAACACCACCAGCAUCUCCAGCGACAGCAACAGCAACACCAACACCAACACCAACAGCAACACCAACACCAACACCAACACCAACAGCAACACCAACAGCAACAGCAACAGCAACAGCAACAGAAACAGCAGCAGCAGCAGCACCAUCCUCAGCCGCAGCAACCCACGCCGGGAUUGGCGCCGCCGCCUCCGCCACCCGCCUACCCACACGUAGCUCCGCAACCGCAACCACAUCCGCCGUCGCACGCGCAUCACUUUCAACAAAUCGCCCCACAAACGCGCCCGCAAAUCCCUUUGCAUCAAUAUCAACAACCGCCGCCUCCGCCGGCGCCACCGGCGACACUCCCGCCGUACCACCAGCAGCAUCACCCCCAGCUUCAACAGCCGCCGCCGCAGUUCCAUCCGCCGCAACCUGUGGGCCAACUUCACCAUCUCCAGCCUCAACCGGUCUCACGUGCACCGCUCACAAAGCCCGUCAUCAUGGAUCCGCCUAGCAUGAGAAGACAACGUGAAACCCAAGCGCCGCAGCGCUUCCCGUCACCCACACGCGACCAUGCGACUAUCAACCCCAAGUUUGUCGAUGACUGCACGCGCAUGACAUACGCCAUUCAACAGAGCCUGCCCGAGGCCGUCCGGCGCAUUGUCCGGGACCACUGGGAAAAGUGCCUGUUGGGUUCCGAGUUUCAUCAAGCCUUCAUCCUUAAUGCUUCAAUACAUCACGCCGUCCCGUCAAUCACACAACGCGCUGUUCGCGACUUUGGAGGCAAAAUGGUUGCCGACUCGAGGAACGAAAUCAUCGGUCACUUUACCUCUGCCGAUCUCGACAUGGUUGCCGACCUCAUCAUCAGCAAAGCCAGUGACAGUUUCCUGGACAAAUGCCUCGAGAAGCGCCUUUUAACUAUUGAGGCUAAGCCCUUGGUCAACGCGCUUGCAAAAGCCGAGCGCCUAGGCUAUGAUUCAAACGAUAUCGUCCAGGAGGACCAACGUGAGCGCGUGAUUCCCCAAGAGGCCUAUCCCGGAGCGACCGCAGCUGUGAAUGGCUUUCCGGCUGGGCCUGCCCAGCCGCCCCAGCACCCACUGCAAUGCAUGAGUUGCUUCCGGACAUUCCAAUACCAGUCAGCGUAUGAUCAUCAUAUGAGAUACAGCGUCUGCAGAGUAAUCCCUCCUACGGCCAAUGGCUUUCCACACUCUUGCCAGUACUGCGGUCAAGGCUUCGUGAGGGAGCAUGAAUUUAUAGCUCAUAUCGAGAACCAAGUCUGCGGUAAAUUCGGCCAUCUUCAUAGACGAAGACCGGGCAGGCCUCCAAAACAGCCCCCAGUAACUCUGUCCAGCCCGGUCGCGAUUGUACCCUCAAUGACUUCUCAUAAACCGACCGCAAAUGGCAACUCGAGUACACAAGCUACGAAGCCCCAAGGAACCCCGGCGCAGGCUGGAGCGGCUAGCCGAACCGUAGCCACCACUCCCGGCUCAACCGACUCGCCCAAUAUCGCUGAUCCAUACGCGCACCUUACCGAGCAACAGAUGCAGGAAAUGAACGAUGAACUCAAGGCCGCAGAGGCUAAAUAUGCUCCUCGAUUCAAAGAAGCCGAAAAGAUUGCCGACGAGAACUUACGGCGCGUCAGGAUAGAGGGUCUUCGCAACAGCUUCGGCACCAAGCAAUCCAUGAUCCGCAAAAAAUAUGGCGUGCGGCUCCGCGAGCGCCGGACCAAGGCGGAGAUCAUGGCAGAGAGGGAACGUAUGGGUCUUAAGCGAGCAGAAAAGGAAAGGGCGAGGGCCUCACUCGAGGCUCAGCGCACCUCAAGUCCGAUAACUGACACGGAGCCUGCCCCACGUCCUGCCGGGGGCAGCGGAUGGACAGCUGCCAACACGUCCCGCGCAAGCUCCGUCUGGGAAGAACAUAAUGCCAAGCGUCGCCGCGUCGACGAGUCCGGCGCGUAUCAUAGCCCAUAUACGUCUGCGGCAGACGAGACGCUGACGCGCAAAACCUUGUCUGUAUCCGAGAUUGGCGGCGGCCUGUCUGGCUCGGCUGCGACCGCCGCCACCCAUGACCCCACUCUCCCGCCUCCUUCUCAGCCGACAAGAGUCGACGAGCAGUCUAGUGCACGCAUCGAGAUUCACGAGCCGUCCACCAAACGGGACGGGGCCGCCAGAAAUCACUCAGAAUCCGCUAGCCCGGCUAGCUCGGACGAAGGAGUUGGAGGUGGUCGGGACGAAACGACGCCUGGCAUCGCUGAAAAGGAACCAGCCGAUGUGGUCGGCGACGAUUCGUCCUCUUCGUCAGGCGACGAGGACAUCCCUCCAACCCUGCCAACCCACGUACGGAAGAGUCUAGGGGCCGGGAGCACAUCGCUGCUACAAGGCGCCUGA